AUUUUCUUUCCUAUGUCUGCAGGGAGAGAGACUUGCUGGAGGGACAAAUACAGCCUCCUCUUUGCGAACUUCCAUCCCAUCUGUGUUUGCAGUUCAGCUGCUUUUUUAGCCUCUCGGGCAAUGGCAACUGUGCAUUGUUGGUUCUCAGGAGAAAUCUGCAGUGGUUAAAAGCCUCAAGCUGGAGAAGUGCCAUGGCUUCUAGUUGUCCUGGACCACUAAGAUAACCAAGGAAAUGAGUGCAGCAGCUCGUCAAGUGAUUCACAGUGGAAAGUUUAAAGAACAGAGUGAGAGCUGCUGGGUGCACCAAGAUGCCUAACAGGACAGAAGCGGUAAAGCCAGUUUCUCCGGAUAUGGUUAUUGCCCGCAACAGGAGCUGCUGAAAUCUAGGAGUGCAGUGACAAGGUGGUGUCACCCUCUUCAUCCUGGAGCUGCUGCGUGAGCGUGGAAGUGAAACUGGUUCAUCUGGCUUGUAAUGGGCAGAGUGCAAGCAGUAAGCAAACUGCAUAGCUGAUGGAUGGUGAAGACGGAGAAUCCCUGAUGUAGCAUUAUUGUUGCCUGAUUUCAGCAUGGACAAAGGAGCAGCGCUCAUGUGGCAGCUCGAGGAUUCACCUGGCAAAGCACGACAGCAAGAGCAAAGCUCUGAUGAGGGAGGUGAAUCAGAAGCGCCAGGACAGGCUGUAGGCAGCAAGGACAAGCUGCCCCAGAGACAUACUCUCCAGUGGGAGACUUUAGCAAGACAGUUUGUGGAGUAUGAACAGGUGGCCCCAUUUCUCAUCCCAGAGGAGCAAAAGAGAAGGCUGCUGGACUUUCUUCCGCUUUUUUUAAAGGCCUGGGAACAGUCUGCUGGAGCAAUUGUAUUUCCCAACGUUCAGCUGUUAGCCAGCGAGGUUUCCAAACUUCUGACGAAAGAGAUUAAGAACCACCUCAAUGGCAAGCCUGCAGAGGAAGCUCGGUUGGCCUUGGAGCAACUGCUGCAACAGAAAAGGGAAGUGGAAGAUGGCCAUGUGCUCCUGAAAUCGGUGUAUCUGCUCUCACAGACUGACUUGAGGACUCUGUGGAACAUCAUUGGAUCUGGCCUUCCAGCUGCUCUGAUGCAAUGCCUGUACCUUUUCUUUACUUUUCCUCUGAAGAAAGCCAGUGAUGAUGGAGAGAGAAGUGAGGCUGACACUCAAAUUCAGGAGAUGCUUGUUCAGAUAAUGCAUAAUAUAUACAAAGAGGAACAAGGUGUGGAGGAACUUCUGGCAGCUGAUAAACUUCAGUCAUUAAUUAUAGCAACAGCUUCCCUCUGGGACCAGUGUAGCCCUUCAUGGAAAGUACCCACAGGCCAUGUGCUGCGAACAAUUUCAAAGGCUCAGACCAAAAACAGCAUUGUGUACCUCCAAGCUGUGGACUGCAUUAAGAUAUCUAUUCAGAAUCUCUUUAAACUGACUGAUGCCUUACCUCCUCAUGACAUGUGUGAAGCUGUUAGUAUCAUCUUGUGUUUUGUGAAAGACUCGUAUCCCAUAUCAUCAGCUUUAUUAACAGAGUUUGAGAGUAAUGAUGGCUACCAACUCCUGCUAAAAAUUUUACUCAGAUGUGAGGGGCUGCACAAAAGUGAAGACGACCCAUAUCUGGCAGAGAUUCUGGACAUGCUGACUUGCCUAACAACGUGUGGAAAAACUGAACUAAAAGUUUCUGGCAAUAUUGCACACCCGCAACUACCACACUUUAAUUUUCAGCCGACACGGUCUUCUGGAAUGACAGUGAAAAACCUCCAGGCUUUUCAGGUGCUGCAGUCUGUUUUCCAGAAAAGUAAUGAUGAGCACCUCUGUAGGAGAAUCUUAGCAGCAAUUGGUACUAUAUGGGCCUGGGAUGCAGUGAACUUCUUUCUCCUGGAAUGGACACUACAACCUAUCAGUCAGUUUACUGACAUCAUCCACUUCAAACCACACACGGUGCAGGUUCAUUUCUUCAAGCUGGUGGAGUCAGUGGUGCUAGACUUAUCCUACAUCCCCCAUGAAAUUUUGAAGAAGGUUCAGUAUUUAGUGAAGGAAAAUGUAGUGCCUUUCUGCACCUUAACAGCUCUCCGAUGCCUUCUCAGCAUGACCAAGAAGGACCUGCUAUUCGCUGAUAUAUUCCGUGACUCUGGUCUCUUAGGCCUCCUGCUGGCACUUUUGAGAAAGCAAGCCAAAAUCCUGAGGAAGUCAGCUGGAACCCAAGCGCCCAUCCUGGAAGAAGGCACUGAGAAGGAAUUAAAUGCAGUGAUGCUGAAGAUGGUGGCUGCCCUUACUGUUGGGUCCGUGAGAAACGCUGUUGUUUUAAAGGACUAUGGGAUGGUGCCAUACAUCAAGAUAUUUUUGGAUGAUGAGUGCUACAGGAGUGCUACUCUCAGCAUCUUGGAGCAGCUCUCAGUAAUCAACUAUGAAGAAUAUAUGAGCAUUGUUAUUGGGGCCCUCUGUUCUUCUACUCAAGGAGAACUACGCCUGAAACUAGAUCUGCUGAAGUCAUUGCUAAGGAUACUGGAGAGUCCUAAGAGCCAUUCAGCUUUCAGAACUUGCAGUGGGUUCAAUGGGCUCCUGUCCCUUCUCUCAGACAUGGAAGGUGCAUUGCAGGACCCUCCAUCUGGGCUGUGGGCAGCAGUUGGACACAACUGCAUUUUGGAACUUGUUUUCUACACGCUUCAAGGGAUAACAGCAGCCCUACACCUGGAUCCUGUCAAUAGCAACUUCUUCCAGAGGAAUGGCCUCUUUGAAAAGAUGGCAGAGGAUCUUGGGACACUUGGCUGUUUCUGGACUCAAGGAGAAUGGCAAAUUCCUCUAGGCCUUGAGAAGACGAGGACGUUUGCAGAAUUCUUGGAUGCAGCUUUUUGUUCCUCGGAACCUUUUCCAAUGUGGCUGAAAAACUGCAUAUGGAUUCUGAAUUUUCUUGAUCACAUGGUCAAAGGGACCCUCCAUCUGGAGAGCUACUUCAAGGAGAUGAAGCAAGAAGUGGAAGAGGCAUCAAGAAAUAAUCAGGAGGAACCUCAAGCUCAAGAAGAGCAUCCUGUGACUUUCAGAAAACCAGGCAACAAAUUACCUGCUUCUGCAUAUAGGCCAUGGGGAAACCCUGAAGAGAAGUCAGAAAUGGGAGACUGUGCCAUUGUGCACCCAGGCGCUGUCUGUGUUAUGGUGAGGUUGCUGCCGAAGCUGUACAAAGAGGGUCACUCUCAGCUUUCUCAGGAAAUCCAGUGUGCUGUGGCUGACCAUAUCCAGUCCCUGGUGAAGUCGGAGAAGAGCCGCCAGGUGAUGUGUGGCUCUGGCUUGUUGAGCACUAUCAUAACUUCCUGUCAGGAUGCCCUCCGCAAUGAGAGCCACCCACUGCAUCUGCCCCUCACUAGGGUUUUCGAGAAACUUGCCUCACAGGCUAUUGAACCAGAUGUAUUAAGGCAAUUUCUUUGGUUGGGAAGUUCUCCACCAGUAGCUGUGAGGCCCAGUACAAACAGGACCAAGGUCCUUUCAUGUCAAGGGAGUGAUUCAGCUGAAGCAGCCUGGAAUGAAGGUUCAGAAGUGGUCAUGGUGGACAGUAAAACUGCUCCUCAGACAGUUGUGCCUCUCAGCAGCUCCCCUUGGGUGUCUAAAGGAUCUGCACUGGCACUCCAGACUGCAAUGAGCCUGAUCUCCAUGACAUCACCACGAAACUUCCAGCUCCACAACACUGCUUUGGCUCCAUCAUUUGUGGAGUUUGACAUGUCCAUGGAAGGAUAUGGGUGUUUAUACCUCCCUACCUUGGCCACUGUCAUGGGCCCCAGUGCCGAGCAGUCUGUCUCGGGAGGAAUCGGCAUGGGCCCCAGAAUGUUCCCUCCCUCAACCGGGCUGACUUUCUCCUGCUGGUUUCUGGUUAACAAGUUUGGUUUGGUGCACAACAGUCACCCACUCCGUUUCCUCACUAUUGUGAGGCACAUGUCAAGAACAGAGCAAGAGUUUGUCUGCUUUUCAGUAAGCUUUUUCCCCCAGGACCGUUCCUUUGUCAUUUCCACAGAAGAAGUGGAAUUCCAGCCACUCGACAUCAUGGAACCUGAGGUCGAGGUCCAAAAUCACUCCCUAGUUCCAAGGCAGGUCCAGUUUGGUUGUGGCAAGCUGCUGGUCACUGGCCAGUGGUAUCACCUCACAGUGACAGUUGCUAAGGAAGCAAGGAAGAACUGCGUUGUGACAGCGUAUAUAAAUGGUCAGAUGCUUGGCUCCGCUAAGAUGCAAUACCUGCAACCCUUACCAGGUAGCUGUAUUUCCAUGGAACCCUCUUCCUUUAUUGAUGUCUAUGGGUACAUAGCUACUCCUCGAGUUUGGAAACAGAAAUCGUCUUUGACCUGGCGCCUUGGCCCUACGUACUUGUUUGAAGAAGCCAUCUCUGUGGAAACCGUGGAGUUGAUUAGUAAGCUUGGCCCACAGUAUUGUAGCAAUUUCCAAGCAGUACAGCUUCAAGAUGAGGAUCAGAGCAGUGAGCAUAAUUCUAUACUGCUGGUGGGAGAAGAGAGAAUUUCUUUUGGAAUCAAUGCCACAUGCUCGUCUUUCACUACAGUCCAAGAUAUAAAGAGUUCCUACAAUGAAGUGGAUGGUCGCCUGAUUGCCAAAGAGAUGGGGAUUAGUUCUCGGGACAGUUCAACUCCAGUUUUCCUGGCUAAGAAUAUUGCUGGACACCUCUCAGGUUUCUUGCGGACUAUUGGAUCGGUUGCUGUGGGCCAGUAUGGAGUGAGAGUGUUCCAGUCCUCACCAGCAGCUACUAGCCUGAACUUUAUUGGAGGCCCGGCCAUUCUUCUGGGUCUCAUUGCUAUGGCCCGUGAUGACCACACCAUGUAUGCGGCUGUCAAAGUCCUGAACUCCAUUCUGAACAGUAGCCCAAUGAGUGAAAAAUUGAUGAGGCACAUGGGUGGAUACCAGUUGCUGGCAUAUCUUUUGAAGAGGAAGACACAGCUGUUAAACAACAGGAUUUUACAGCUAGUGUUUUCCCUAGUGGGCACAGCUGAACUUGGCUUUGAGUCUUCCGUUAUCAAGAAUUAUAGUGCAUUCCAGUAUGUCCUCUGCAACUUUGAGCUUUGGAUGACAGCACCAGAAAAUCUUGACCUUGCUCUUUUUUCUCAUCUUGUGGAGAUCCUGCAGUCCUCCAGAGAUGGAUAUCAGAAUGCUGAAGUUGCCUACCAGGUGCAAAUGGUGCCCAAGCUCGUUUUCCUCUUCAAUGAUGCUGAAAUCUGUAACUCCAGGGUCACUGUGGUCUGCACUAUUCUCUCCCAUCUGUUGCAAGGAUAUUUUAACACGAGGGAUAUUCUCAGGAUUGGAUUGUUCCUUGUUUAUACUUUGAAACCCUCUUCCGUGGAUGAAAAUCUGAUUUGCCUGGAUGGUGUAGCUGAGAUGCCCGAUGAAGCCUUAAGCCAAACAUCUGGAAAGACGAUCUGUCUUCGAAACCAGUUACUGAAGAUGCUGUUAGAUGUAAUGCACUCAGAUAAACUUCAUCUGUCCUCUGAGGUGCGAGAAGAAACAUUCUUGGCACUGGGGCCGGACUGGUUUCUGCUCUUCACCCAGAGCUACCUGCACUCCACCACAGUUGUGCUAGGAAUCAAGCUACUUCUGUGCUUCCUCCACAAUCGUUCCCUGCUGAAAAAAUUCAAGGAGGGGAUAGUGGCUGGGCGCUGGCUGGAAAACAGCUCUGCAGGGUUGGGUAUUCUAAUGGAUAAUUUAAAACCUCAGACUCCAGUACCUGAUAACAGCUCCUUCUUGAUUUUUGGGUUUUCUGUGUUGCAAACAUGCCUGACUGAGCAUGUCCACGUCCCUGAGAUCUACUUACUGGUGGCAGGGCUCUUUCUGGCAACUCCACAGUGUGAACCACCUGAAACAGCCAAGAGAGAUCUUGACUCUAUGCUGCAGUGGAUCUUGCAGCACCACUUUACAGAGAAUGUCCUCAAAAUCGGGUUGUGUGCAGAGGCAGCCACUUUGCUACUGGAAAUGGUUAAGGUCACUGUGGACAAGCCUAUUGUAGAUGCAGAAGCCUCCUGGGAAAUUGCCUAUCCACGGAAUAUUAUCCAGUUUCUGGAUUUGGUCUAUCACAGUUAUACUCAGGACCUUGUGUGGCGCUGUCCUGACUUCUUGAAAACUUUGGCUAUGGUUGCCUUCCACUCUGGAGCACCCAAGGGAGGCUCUGAAGGUCUUUUGUCUCCUGAUGGUCCAGCCAUUGCUGAAGGGAAGGGCUGUGUUGAUCCUUCAUCUCUCUCGCUCCUACCACACCCUGCCAAGAAACAAGUGUGGGAUUUCAUGCGAGUCCUCCUGAUGGACAGUCUGCUCAACAUCCCAGCGAACAAACAAGGGCAUCCGUUUGAGCUGCUUAUUGAGGCUUCUCCGGAAGAUGCCACCGGUGAGCAGAAGAGACAUUUUCAGACAAAAGUCUUACUGUCUGCUAUGGAUGUCUUCCAUGUUUCCAGCCAAGGUGAGGGGAAAACAAGACCAAGAGGGAGCAGUGAUCCUCAUGGCACUUCAGAAUCAACUGCAUCUACAUCCGUAGUGAAUGUUGCUUAUUUUGCUCAGAAGCUGAUUGAGAAGCUGAACAGCAGAAUGUUUGCUGCUGACCCCAAGCAAAUCCUUCUCUUUAUUGCCAAACAGAUUGUGGUUGUGUUAGAAGGCAGCUUUUCUCAAAAGGAAGUUUUCCUCAGUACCCUGUACAGCUGUCUAAACCGAGCCAUCCUGUACUGCCUCUCCAGACCACAGCAGUCACUGCCUGAACAGUUUAACAUCCUGAACACUCUCAAUGUCCUGCAGGAGCAGUGGGACAUUAUCUUUGCAACUUACAACUCAAAUAAUAAUUUCAUCGUCUGCCUCAUGCACUGCCUUUGCCAGCUGAAUUCGGGCAGCUAUCCAGAAGGUUUUGGGGUUGAUGCAAAACCCAAACUCACUUCAUAUCACCAAAUUUUUCUUGCUCCCAGUGAAGAGGAGAAGGGCAGCCUGCCUACUCCAGAUGAUGUUCAUCAAGAGAUUCUGAGAACAGUAGAAAUCAUCUGGAAGCAGCUCAUUUCUCAGAGGCGGCAGGCUCUGGAGGACGCUUACAAGAUGGAUCUCUCUGUAAAAGGAGGUGACAAAGAGUGGGAAAUGAAGAUAACUGAGAUCACCCCUCUGUGGGAAGAAACGAUGACAAAAGCUUGGCAACACUUGAUAGCAUCUGAAAAGAAAGCUCUCCAGAAUAAAGCAGGGCCUGGCCUGUCACAGAGCAAGCACAAUUCAUGGAGUGAAAGCCUCUCUUCAGCAAUUAAGUUGAUGCCUGGCCGAACCACAAAGGAAAUGGGAUGCAAAACUGAGGGAUUUGUGUCGUGUAUGGAAAGGUACCGAAGAAGUGGGCAGGAGCUGUAUGCUUCUUUGUACAAGAAUCACAUACAGGUGCUGCAGUGUGGUUACAGCAAAGCAGCCAAGGACUGGAUGAUAAUCGAGGAACAGCUUUUCUACAGAAGGGGCCCAUGGCGGGAUGCAUCACGGUCCUUCGAGCCACGAUGGAUUCUUGACUGGUAUGAAGGGCCUGCACGAAUGAGGAGGAGGAUUCAGCACACAAGCACUCGAGCAGCAACGAGGCAAAUGAGGAGUGAGGUUCUCCUAGCAAACAGAAAUGAAUCAGCCCUCGCUGCUGAAGAAAAUCCAGGAGAGCUGACGUUAAAUGGAGCAGAAAGGGAGAUGGAUGAGAAGGGAAUGGAUUGUAACCAGCUAACGUUCUUCCCUGCCCUGCAUGAAAGUUUCCAUUCAGAAGACUUCUUGGAGCUGUGUGUGGAGAGACAGAUUAUAUUGCAGGAGUUUGCAGACAGUGAAAAGGUCACGUUCAAAUGCUCCGUGGCGAUUGUGCAGGGGCACACAGCAUUGGAAGGUGUGCUGCUCUUUGGCAAAGCACACUUUUACAUCUGUGAGUGCUUUGUGUUAUCCCCACUGGAAGAGGUGUACUGUACACGACACUGCUUGUCCAGCAUCAGUGAUCCAUUCAUCUUCAACUUAUGCCAUAAAGAUCAUGCUGUGGGAGACCAGAGGUGUUCCCGUUAUUCAUAUCAUGACAUAAAAGAGAUUCACUUGAUGCGCUUUCUUCUGCAGGAGAUUGCCUUGGAAAUAUUCUUCAGAAAUGGUUACUCAAAGUUUCUUGUCUUCCAUGACAGCGACCGAAAUAAGAUGUUUAAGAGAUUUUGUUCUUUCCAACCUGCUUUGAAGUCCAAGGGCAUAACAGAAGAGUCCCUGAAUAUAAGGAAACACACAGGAGGGGAAAAGACAAUGCUCCAGAAGUGGCAGAAGAGGGAGAUCAGUAAUUUUGAUUACCUCAUGUACCUGAACACACUGGCUGGCCGCAGCUACAAUGACUACAUGCAGUAUCCUGUGUUUCCGUGGGUCCUUGCUGACUAUCACUCCCAGACUCUAAACCUUACUAAUCCUCAUACGUUUCGGGACUUGUCAAAGCCCAUGGGAGCUCAGACUGCAGAGAGGAAACGCAAGUUCAUCCAGCGCUACAAUGAGGUGGAGAAGAGUGAGGGAGACCUGUCAGCCCAGUGCCAUUACUGUACUCACUAUUCAUCAGCAAUUAUAGUGGCAUCUUACCUUGUCCGAAUGGAGCCGUUUACACAGACCUUCUGUUCCCUGCAGGGCGGGAGCUUUGAUGUUGCAGACAGGAUGUUUCACAGUGUCAAGAGCACGUGGGACUCAGCAUCGAGAGACAACAUGAGUGAUGUCAGGGAACUCAUUCCUGAAUUCUUCUACUUGCCAGAGUUCCUGACCAAUGCCAACCACUUUGAACUUGGCUGCAUGCAGGAUGGAACGGUGCUGGGAGAUGUGCAGCUCCCUCCUUGGGCGGAUGGGGAUCCCCAUCAGUUCAUUCACCUGCACAGACAGGCACUAGAAAGUGACUAUGUCAGUGCCCACCUCCAUCGCUGGAUAGAUCUAAUUUUUGGCCACAAGCAACAUGGCUCAGCUGCAGUGGAGGCAGUUAACACCUACCACCCUUACUUCUAUGGAGACAAGAUGGACCUCAACAACAUCAAAGAUCCUCUGAUUAAGAGCACUAUCCUGGGUUUUAUCAGCAACUUUGGACAGAUACCAAAGCAGCUCUUCACUAAACCACAUCCAUCCAGGAAUGCCCAGGGGAAAAUUUCUUCAGGAAAAGAGGCUAUGCUGUCUCUUCACUCAAGUGGAAUUCUUCCUCCAUCCCUCAGCAGCCUGCAAAACGUGAAGCUCUCACCGGUUGCAAUCAAAGGUGCAGACUCUCCCAAGGGAGCCAUUGGGCACAUUGUUCAUACUGAGAAAGGCAUUCUGGCUGUUGAGAAAAACAAAGUUUUGAUUCCUCCUCUUUGGAACAAAACAUUCUGUUGGGGAUUUGAAGACUUCACCUGCUGCUUUGGCAACUAUGGAUCUGAGAAGAAUGUGACUACAUUUGAGUGUAUGGCAGACUGGGGAAAGUGCCUCUGUGCUGUAUGUCCUUCAGCAACUACCAUAAUCACAUCUGGAACAAGCUCUGUUGUAUGUGUAUGGGAACUUUCUUUGGUCAAGGACAAAGUGAAACAUCUAAACUUGAGACAGGCUUUGUAUGGGCACACUCAGGCAGUGACCUGCCUCGCUGCCUCUGUGACCUACAGCAUCAUUGUGAGUGGAUCUGAUGACAAAACUUGCAUCGUUUGGGACCUGAACCGGCUAACGUUCAUAACCCAGCUUCCUGCCCAUGGGGCAAGUCUCUCUGCAGUUGUCAUCAACGAUUCAACGGGUGAUAUUGUCUCUUGUGCUGGAUCCUCCUUAUGCCUGUGGACAGUCAAUGGCCAGCCUCUUGUAAGCAUUAAUACUGCCUGCAACCUAGAAAGCCGAAUUGUUUGCUGCUGCUUUGCUGAAGUGAUGGACUGGGAUACGCGCAGCAUCAUUGUCACAGGAAGCACAGAUGGAGUGGUGAGGCUAUGGAAGACUCAAUACACCAAUGCUCUAGGCCAAGCUGCUGGACUGAAAGCACAGAGAGGCACGAUGGAAACACCAGGCAGCACAGGUAACAAGUGUGGAAAACAUCUUGUUCUCUGUCGGGAACUGAAUCCCAGCCUUGCCUUGACUGGAAAACCAAGUAAGAACAGCCCAGCAGUGACAGCACUUGCUGUAUCCAGAAAUUCCUCCAAGCUCCUAGUUGGUGAUGACUGGGGAAGAAUCUGCUGUUGGUCUGUGGAUGAGUAGGAAGAAAUAAUCAGGAACUCUUGUUCUCAGCCUUUUGGAUGGAGAGAAAAUUGCCCUUCAGAGCACACAAGAUUCAGAGGAACCAGGAAGCUUAUGGGGGGAAAUGAAUCUCAAAGGAAUUGUUGGACUGACUCUGCAGUCAGAUCUGGCUGAAAUCAGAAAAUGGACUCCAAAGUUAUGGGAAAGAUACUGACAGACAAUGCAAUGCACAUAUGCUAUAAGAAUUUGCAGUAUUUGUCCUGAGAGAACUUUUAUAUUUUAAAGAUUAUUUUAAAUACUGAAUUUGGCAUAAUAUGCUAUAUUUGACAUCGCAGUUCAAGCUAGCAAAUAAAACUGUCUUGAUGAUGCCAAGGAGCAGCAUAGCUUAUUAAGUUUAACAUAUUCUAGUUUGAGAGAUCAGAAAAUACUGAGGCUUCAAGCUGAUGUAAAGUGCAUUUGUUGCAGUAUUUUUGUUCUUGCCAACACCCAAGGAUGUUAGUAUCUUUGCUCUUGCCACUCCUCCUUCCCUGAACCUGGGAUAUUGCAUGAAAAAUGUAUACAUUCCUUCAAAAAAGUUACUGAGAUCAGAAAGGGAGGGUAGGAGGUACUCGAUUGCAGGUUGAUGGUGGUGCCUUCAUCCAGCUGCACUGUGAACAUCUGUUACCACGCAGUCUUAGGUUACCUAAUCUCUGACUUGAUUUUUCACGGUGAGCAAGGCAGGCAAGAUGCGUGGAAGGGGUGAGGAUGAGGAUCUGGCACAGCUGGUAAAUGUCGUCUUUAAUUCUCCUCUUACACUGCCUUCUUUUCUAGCCUUGCACUGAUGCUCUCUGGAAUAUCAGCAUAUCGCAUGUGCUUCAGGCUUUACCUUCACAAUUACCCUGCAUGGUAAAAGUGGGGGUCUGAAGUAUACGAAAGCUGAGACCGUAGUCCAACAAAGUUGUGUGCCCUUUGGGUCCCCGACUGAGAUGCAGCUGAUGUGAAAAAUCAAGCUCCUUUACAUUUUCUAAGAAUUUGAAGAAACUGUGUUGAUGAUAACUUAACUCCUCCCUUGAUCUGGUAAGGAAAUAAAGCACCUUAUCUUACAAACAGAAGGUCUGAGAAGCCACUUAGGCACAGUGGCUUCCCGAACACCAUGGAUUACAUCAGGGCAGAGCCUAGGGGAACGCAAAGAACAUCGUGGUCACAAAGGACCAUGUGUUCAUACCACUGAACACACCCCCAGGCAGCGAGAGCCACAAGAAUUCCCUGAUUUCCACUGGACUGGGAGUGCUUAACACUGCAAGAGUGGUUUGGUGUGCUGUGGGCAACCAGAGAUUGAGGAACACAAAGAACUGCUCAUGCCAAAGCCUCAGAGAAAGAUACUUGCCAGCAUCACUAGGAAGGAUCAAGAAUAGAAUGCAGAGGGGAUUACUGGUCUUCCUCUAAUUGCACCAUCAACUUUCUUCUUCCUGGAGGGCCCUGCUUUGUUCAUGACUCUUCUUUUGAAUUAUGUUGCUGAACGAGCAAGACUUUCUAUGGCAAACAGCUUCCUUCUUUACAGAGUGCUGAGCCAUGGCCCUCCUCAAGCUCUUGUCUAACCACCACAGUGAAUGAGGUAAUUGCCUGUGGAAAAUGUAGUGACUAGAAUCUUAUGAUACAGGCGUACAAGGAGGUUGCAUUAUGUCUACACAGAAGACCUAGCUGGUUUUCCUUCCUAACCUCUGAGUGUAUGACUUGACGACUUAAAUGUCAUCCUUCCCUGUGCUCAGGGAAACAUUCACUAAAAAUAGACCAAACAGACCAUUUUUUUGCAGUCAAAGUAACCUUAUGGUAGAGAGGUGACCAUGCCCAUCUUUCCUUUUCUUAAGAAGUGACGCUUGAGAAAGGUCAAUUGUCCUAGAAUUUUACCAAAUUAAUUAAAUUCCUUCUUUCCUCUUCCUUCUCCCCAUAUUCCUUAAAAACAAGCUGUGAUUUUGCUACAUGGACAGCAGGACCUGGACUGUGACUAUAUAAUCAGUUGUGAAUACAGUUUUGCAAAAGCAUCAUAAAGGUGAUCAGAGCUAUGGGAGAAGCUGACUACCUGUAUAUUCAUUUACCUAGAGGCUUCUUGAUAGCUUGUUAACUAUACCUGCUCCUUUAGCCUUUUCAUGCAGUCUGUCUUUGUCAAUAGCAGAUCUUCCCUUUCCUAAAGCCAACACCCACUCUGCAGCCUGUGCAUCAAGACUAACCGCUCCAGUGCUCUGGACAUCAGCCUGACUUUGCUUGACAUAAGAGCAGGCCACUUGUAAUUGCACACUAGCCGUGCAUGGAUUUGACAGGUUCAUCACAUCAUACCCAGCCUCAGGUGUCUUGCGUAUUCAGGAGGAAUAGGAGGCACCAACUGUUGUUUUGGAGCACAGAACACAUCCAGAGUGUGCAUGCAUGAAUGAAAGUUGGUAGGUUAAGAAUUAAAAGUUUUCCUGAGUCAAGCUUGUCCUUUUGUUCAAGGAGCUGUAAUUUGGGAGAAUAUAAAAAAAAGAAGAUAGAAAUGAAUUGAAAUUUCCUCUUGGGGAAAAAUCUAAUUAGGAGUGAUUGGUUGUACAACAAUGCUCUGUCCAGAGGAAGCUAGAUAACUCUGAGACGAGCGUGCUGAGAACUGGCGUGUUAAUGCUGGUAACAAAAAAGUGAUACUAUCAUUAUGAUGUGAAUUGCUAACAGCGCUAUGUAUUCUCAACCUCUUUACUCGAUGAGGAUAUGGAUAGUUUUAGGCAGGUGCAGUAGGCAUUGACCGCAUUGCUCCUCACAUUCAGAGGAGCCCCUCUCCACCCAUUAUGUGAACUGCUGUGUGGGGCAGUGCUGGGAUCAUCUAUCUGCACCAGCCCCCAUUCUGAUUCUGUCCCAAACCUUCCCCUGUUUGAAGAGUCACUCGUUUCUGCAAGCAUAAAGAUUGCAAAUAGCACUUACAGAUUGCACAGCCUGAUAAUAGUUGGCAGAGGCCUGUUUGGAGUCCAUCCACUUUGACUGACCCCAGUGGACCCAGCAGAUGUAACUGUGGCCUCGAGUAUGAAGGAAAAUAGAAUCCAACCUUUGGUUAGUGACAAGUCCUUUUUGAGACUGCCAUCUAUGUAGCACCUGGGCAAGUUCUGCUGUGCUGCUCUACCCUACAGAGUUUUGGUCUUUGCUGAAAAGCUGUGAAUUCUAGAGCACUGGGUCGGGACCAUAAUCUCUCAAGGUUGUUGGAGUCUUCCAGUGUAUGGAGGAAUUCUCAGUUUCUUCUCUCCUGUUUAGCUCCAGAUUUUGCCCUGAGUCAUAAGUUAUGGGAAGAAGCACAUACUGUGAGUACUGAAAGCACCACUCCUUGCUUGGCAGAAUUAAGGCACAAAUGUAAGCAUGUCACAGUUACCAGAUUUCGCAGGCCAGCUGUAGCCAGUGUGUGUGAUAGCUAAUAGCUGUGAUCUGGUGCAGUGGAGAGCAGAGAUCCUGGGGGAUGGUGAUAGAAUGCACCUCAUCAUCAUGUUGCAGGCAAGUCCCUGUGGUGUGAAGUAAUUGCGAGAGGUUUCUAAAAUACAGUUGAACAGAUAGCAGCAGCAAGUUCUUGCCAGCACCUACUUUUAUAUUUGUGCCGGGCUCUUGCGUAUUUGGUAAAGGACGAAUGUCGGUGAAAUUCUAUCAACUCAAGAUGUGGAGGCAGCUUUUGCUGAGGCAUAGACGGCCUGGAGCUAGCUGGCUGCCAGCCCUCAGGAGCAGUAAUGGUACCUGCUCAGUGAGCGUCCUGAUGUAAUACUGAUUAUCUAGUGGCCACGUGGAACAUAGAGAUGGUACAUCUAGAAUAUGCUCAAAAAUCAAGCAAGCAGAGCAAUUCCACAGCAAUACAGUAAAGAUGGAGUUGCACCGAAAGUAAGUGGCUCAGUAAAAACAUCAUCAGUGUUGUAAUUAUCUCAGAAACAACUUUUGCAAGGGGUAAGUAGCUCAGGGUGAGAAUUAUCCUUAAAAGAAAUUCAAUCUCAUUAGGAAAAAAAAUGCAGAAUUAAGACACAAUCUUAACUCUGCCCUAUAGGGAACUAAGAAGAGAAAUACGGAACAGCACAACCUUUAUGUGGCUUUAAAUAUCAGUUUAAUCUAAUCAGGGACCAUAAACCCUAAAAUGCCUUAAUCACACUUAUUUGGUUAUUGCACAGACCAUCUUGCUUUCUUGUUCGGCAAUAGGAGUCUUAUAAAUGUUACAGUGAGCAUUAAAUACUGUCUGAUUUCUG